AUGCAAUUCGAUCUGCGUACAGUGUAUGACCCUGAGGUGGCCUGGAGCAAUUUAACUGCUGUGAGUACCGAACUCUGCGCAAUGCAAGACCAGAGGAUGCAGCUGCCAGAUGAAGCUUCAGUUCCUAAACCACGAAAAAAGAAACCCUCAACUCAAACGGCUUCCAAGUUUCAAACACAAGGUGACAAGGUGAAAAGGGUUCAAGAAAUUCAGCAGCCCCCGACAAUUCAGAAGCGUCAGAAGAAGGCCACCAAAAGAGGCUUGAUGAAUCAAGUUCCCCAAUUCCAACAACCAGAAAAAUCGACCUCGGAUUCAUUGCCGGACUCAUCUACAACUGGAAAUGAAUAUCGGGCACUGAGACGGAGGUAUUUGCUGCUAGAGGAAGAAAGUUGUGUAGUGGGGGGAGAGAUGACAGAGGUUGAAGCCGAGAUUAGGACUCUUGAAGGGGAGAAGCUUUCACUCUUGGACAAGCUUGUUGUGUUGGAAGGCCUGGUUGACCCUUCAGAAUUUGAGCCCCAAAGGCCACGGUUAGCAUAA